CACAAUUUGAUUAAGUUAGUCGAGUCAGGUGUGUCGUUAAGGGUUGUAACAGAAAGGCUGUUGUAAACCAGCGUAACAGAACCACCAGUUGCUGGAUGCGAAUCGAACUCUUGAUAUGGAAAUGGACGAGUCUGACAUGCAGUAUGAGGAAGAGAGACCGUUUCCCUACAGCCCUCAGGCAGGAUUAUUCUUCAGUAUGAACCAUGAGGAGAAAAUAGAUUCUGAUAGGAGAUCUAUCUAUGUGGGGAAUGUGGAUUAUGGAGCGACUGCAGAUGAACUGGAGAUGUACUUCAAUGGCUGUGGUCACGUUAACAGAGUUACAAUCCCGUAUAAUAGAUUCACAGGCCAUCCAAAAGGUUUUGCCUACAUUGAGUUCUCGGAGAGGGAGUCUGUGAGGUCUGCCAUGACUUUAGAUGAAACACUAUUCAGAGGACGUGUCAUUAAGGUAUUGCCAAAAAGAACAAACAUUCCAGGUUUCAGGACUACAGACUUGCGUGGAGGUUGGUCCCGAGGAAGAGGUUUCCGUGCUUCGAGAUUUUUCAACCCAUUCAGGGGCUGCCACUUCAUUAGGGAAAAUGGAAGAGAUGAUCCUUGGGUUGAUUCUUUUUGACAUUCAAUUUGGACUUUUCUGUUAUCUUCAAAGCACUUCUUGGUGCUGAUUAAUUUGUUUCAGUAAUUGCAUGACGGGAGCCCAGCUAUUAUUUUUCUGUGUGUGUAGCUUGAAUGACACGACAAAAACGGAGACUUGAUUUGUAUUGAUUGGUUGCUAUUUUAUUUAUAUUUUAUUCUAUUUCUUUCAAAUACUAUGCCUGUAAGAGGCCGAGAUGUCUUGUGAAUUUCAGUACUUUGUCUGUUUUGGAAUUUCAGUGCUUAAAUUUAAGUCAAAUCAAUGCAAAUAAAAAUCAACAUUAUCACACAUCA